AUGUACGACCUCAACCUGGACGUCAAUGACUUUCCCAAGAAGGCAGCUACAUUGGAGGGAAACCACCUGCUGUCGCAUCUCAACGGUUCCUCUGACUUGCAGCAGAUAGACCUGGACCUUUCUCCUCUCUCGCUGGGAAGCUUUAAGAGCCACCUGGACCUGGUUAAUGGAUGGGAGGACACRAAUAUGUCCUCUUCUCCUAAUGCUGCUGCCAACACCCCAUCAGGUGUCAGUGCUGCUUCAAAGGACGCCCAGCGGUUGCACACUACAACCAGUCUCUCAAAGCUCGCUAGAGUUCGCUCCCCAGAAAGAUGCACUUCAGCUGGAUCUGACAGUUUGCCACAGGUGCCAGCCCAAGCGACGGCAAAAUCAAAGGAGGACGYUCCUGACCCCAAGAGCGCUGGAAACAUCAGCGCGAAGUCGAAGAAGAAUAAAAAGCAGCAUCUAAAACAGGAGCAGUCGGUGUUGGAGCAAAACUCUUUCAGACCAACCAAAGCUGCCUCUGGGAACGAAGCACAGAAAACCAAUGAGUCUAAAGACACGGCGUCUCACGGCUCAAAGGCUGGGAGCAAACAGCCUCAGCAGCCAGCAGACAACCAGAAGAACGGGUCUAAGAAAGCCGAGGAGGGGAGGUCGUCCAAACACGUAUCAAAYGGAGCAAACGGCCUUGUGGGUGCACCAAGGGGGAAAACUGACAUGGAGACCCGAGGAGGUCGAUCCGAGCCGGAAUCAGAGAACAAAGCUCCCGCCUGCGUUCCUCCAAAUGGGCCUCCACAGCAACAACCCAAGGGGAAAAAUAAGAAGAACAAGAAUAAGGGAGAAAAGUCCAACAGUGCUAUUGAUGAUGUAUUUCUCCCUAAAGAUGUGGAUCCCACAGAAAUGGAUGAGAUUGAUCGGGAAGUUGAAUACUUUAAAAGGUAAUCACAAUAGAGCCGUUU